ACACCGGUUGACGUGUCUGCCGAAGCCGGAAGUAGCCGCCGAGGAGGCUCGGAGCGUCGGGGGGCCGCGGGGUUUUGUUUUGUUUUGGCUUCCUCGCCGUCCUCGUCCGGGUCGCCAUGGCGGUCGCGCGGCUGUUGCUGCUUUCCGCACUCCAGGCGGUUCUUCCGCCCUUCGCCUCCUCUUUCUACCUGCCCGGCCUGGCUCCCGUUAACUUUUGCGAGAAGUCGAAUACGAUCUCGGAAUGCAAGUCUGCGAUAGAACUAUUUGUGAAUAGACUGGAUUCUGUGGAAUCAGUUCUUCCUUAUGAAUAUACUGCAUUUGAUUUUUGCCAAGCAGAGGGAGGAAAACGACCUUCUGAAAACCUUGGUCAAGUAUUGUUUGGUGAGAGGAUUGAACCAUCUCCCUACAAGUUCAUCUUUAACCACAAAGACACUUGCAGACAUGUUUGUACAAAAGAAUAUGAUCUUAAUAAACCUGAACAAAGACAAAAAUUACAAUUUCUGAAAAAAAGUAUGUUGUUAAACUAUCAGCAUCAUUGGAUUGUGGAUAAUAUGCCAGUAACAUGGUGUUACGAGGUUGAGGACAAUCAGAAAUUUUGCAAUCCUGGAUUUCCCAUUGGUUGCUAUGUUACAAAAGAUGGACAUGCCAGAGGUGCCUGUGUUAUAAGUUCAGAAUUCCAUGAUGCAGAUACUUUCUAUAUAUUCAACCAUGUGGAUAUUAAAAUAGUCUAUCAUGUUGUGGAAAAUGAAGCACCAAGGGCAAGACUCGUGGCUGCUAAACUUGAACCAAAAAGUUUCAGGCACACAAAUAUUGACAAACCAGACUGCUCAGGACUACCUAUGGAUUUAAAGAACACUGUUAAUGAUGGAAUUGUCAAAAUUGCUUAUACAUAUUCAAUUAGUUUUGAGGAAAAUAAGGAAAUCAGGUGGGCAUCCAGAUGGGAUUACAUUUUAGAAUCCAUGUCCCACACGCACAUACAGUGGUUCAGUAUAAUGAAUUCACUGGUGAUUGUCCUUUUCCUCUCUGGAAUGGUAGCUAUGAUUAUGCUAAGAACUCUGCAUAAGGACAUUGCAAGAUAUAACCAAAUGGAUUCUACAGAAGAUGCUCAGGAGGAAUUUGGCUGGAAAUUGGUUCACGGUGACAUAUUUAGACCCCCACGAAAAGGAAUGCUGCUUUCUGUCUUUCUGGGUUCUGGAACUCAGAUUUUAAUUAUGACAUUUGUUACAUUAUUUUUUGCUUGUCUGGGAUUUUUAUCCCCUGCAAAUCGAGGUGCAUUAAUGACUUGUGCCGUGGUCUUGUGGGUGCUUCUUGGAACUCCGGCAGGUUAUGUUGCUGCCAGGUUCUACAAAUCUUUUGGGGGAGAGAAAUGGAAGACAAACGUUCUCCUAACAGCUUUCCUUUGCCCUGGCAUUGUGUUUGCAGAUUUCUUCAUCAUGAAUCUCAUUCUUUGGGGAGAAGGGUCCUCAGCCGCCAUUCCAUUUGGCACUUUGGUUGCUGUUCUGGCACUUUGGUUUUGCAUAUCAGUACCACUGACUUUCAUUGGGGCUUACUUUGGUUUUACAAAGAAUGCCAUAGAACAUCCAGUCCGUACGAAUCAGAUUCCUCGCCAGAUUCCAGAACAAUCAUUUUAUACAAAACCACUUCCUGGGAUUGUUAUGGGAGGCAUUCUGCCCUUUGGAUGCAUCUUCAUUCAGCUUUUUUUCAUUCUUAAUAGCAUAUGGUCUCAUCAGAUGUAUUACAUGUUUGGCUUCUUGUUUCUGGUGUUCAUUAUUUUGGUUAUUACAUGUUCUGAAGCUACUAUUCUACUUUGCUAUUUCCAUUUAUGUGCAGAGGACUACCACUGGCAGUGGCGCUCCUUUCUUACGAGUGGUUUUACUGCUGUUUAUUUUCUAAUAUAUGCAGUGCAUUACUUCUUUUCUAAGCUUCAGAUUACGGGUACAGCAAGCACCAUUUUGUACUUUGGCUACACCAUGAUAAUGGUCCUGAUCUUCUUCCUUUUUACAGGAACAAUUGGAUUUUUCGCUUGCUUUUGGUUUGUGACCAAGAUAUACAGUGUGGUAAAAGUUGAUUGAAGAUACUCAAUGCAGACACUAUCAAACUAAUUUAAGUACAUGAUUUUGGAAAAGAAUGUAAGCUUUAUCGAAAGUACUUAGUACUUUCUGAAUGAUAAAUAUACAUUUUCUCUCAUUCAAAUAUUUGUAUUGUAAUUUUGCAAUCUGUUUUCACUUCGUAUUCUUAAUGAAGACUGAAUAUAAAUGUAUGCAUUUGUAAAUAUUGUUAUAUUGGGACUUUUAAAUUCUAAUGACUGGUUAUAAGUGCUGCUUUGCAGGAUUUAAUAAUUCUUCUGAAAGAAUAGUUGUAAAUAAAGUUUUCUAGGUUUGCUGAA